CGCUGGGAGCGUAACAUCUGCGUUUCUAGGAGCUUCGCGCUGCAGGUGGUUUAAGAUUCUGGGGUUGUACAGGCCAUUGCCGGACACGUCUUCUGGCAGGAACAUCGAUCUCAGAGAUGGCUCUGAGUAAAUCAAUGCAUGCAAGAAAUAGAUACAAGGACAAACCUCCUGACUUUGCAUAUCUGGCAUCCAAAUAUCCAGAUUUUAAGCAGCAUGUUCAGAUAAAUCUGAAUGGAAGAGUGAGUCUAAAUUUUAAAGAUCCUGAAGCAGUCAGAGCUCUGACUUGUACUCUCCUAAGAGAAGAUUUUGGACUUUCUAUUGAUAUUCCAUUGGAGAGACUAAUUCCUACAGUUCCUUUGAGACUCAACUAUAUUCAUUGGGUGGAAGAUCUGAUUGGUCAUCAAGACUCUGACAAAAGUACUCUCCGAAGAGGAAUUGACAUAGGUACUGGGGCGUCCUGCAUCUAUCCCUUACUUGGAGCAACCUUAAAUGGCUGGUAUUUCCUUGCAACAGAAGUGGAUGAUAUGUGUUUCAACUAUGCAAAGAAAAAUGUGGAACAGAAUAACUUAUCUGAUCUCAUAAAAGUGGUAAAAGUGCCACAGAAGACACUCCUGAUGGAUGCUCUUAAAGAAGAAUCAGAGAUAAUCUAUGACUUUUGCAUGUGCAACCCUCCCUUUUUUGCCAAUCAAUUGGAAGCCAAGGGAGUAAACUCUCGAAAUCCUCGAAGACCUCCACCUAGUUCUGUAAAUACAGGAGGUAUCACAGAAAUCAUGGCAGAAGGAGGUGAAUUAGAGUUUGUCAAAAGGAUUAUCCAUGACAGUUUACAACUUAAAAAAAGAUUAAGGUGGUAUAGCUGUAUGCUGGGGAAGAAAUGCAGCCUCGCUCCUCUGAAGGAAGAGCUUCGCAUACAAGGGGUUCCUAAAGUCACCUACACUGAAUUCUGUCAAGGUCGGACAAUGAGAUGGGCUUUAGCUUGGAGUUUUUAUGAUGACGUAACAGUACCAUCACCACCAAGUAAGCGAAGAAAAUUAGAGAAGCCAAGGAAACCCAUCACAUUUGUAGUGUUGGCGUCUGUGAUGAAGGAAUUGUCCCUGAAAGCCUCAUCUCUGGGCUCUGACACACUGGAAGGCAUAGUGGUUGUGACGACAUGGAUAGAAAGAAUUCUCACUGAUCUGAAGGUCCAGCAUAAACGAGUUCCCUGUGGAAAGGAGGAGGUUAGCCUUUUCCUAACAGCCAUCGAAAACUCCUGGAUUCAUUUAAGGAGAAAGAAAAGAGAGCGAGUGAGACAACUGAGGGAAGUUCCUCGAGCGCCCGAGGACGUCAUCCAAGCCUUGGAAGAGAAAAUGUCUACGCCCAAAGAGUCUGGCACUAACCAGGAUUUGGCCAAGGGCCCCCGGGAGAGUACCCUGUGUGGGCCUGCUCUGCAGGAAGGCGAGUCUGCCACUGUUGAGGGCCAUUGCCCAAACCAGGAGUCACUUUCCCAAGAAGAAAGCCCAGAACCCAUGGAGGAUGAAAGGAGUGAGGAAAAGGAAGGGGAAGAGAUUCUGGAAAGUUGUAAAGGCUCUAGCAAUGGAGCCCAGGACCAAGAGGCUUUUGAGCAGUUCAGCAACCCAGUGGCUGAAAAGGGGAAACGUCUCCAGGACGUGGCCGGACAUUAUCUAUUUAAGUGUUUGAUAAACGUCAAGAAGGAGGUGGAUGAUGCCUUAGUUGAAAUGCACUGGGUUGAAGGCCAAAACAGGGAUUUGAUGAACCAGCUUUGUACCUAUAUACGUAACCAAAUUUUCAGGCUUGUUGCUAGUUAACUGCAAACUCCUGGCAAAGCUGUCUGUAAAGCAGCUUGCUUUGGAGUGGCCUAUGGAGUAACAAGAGGAAUUCCACCAUUGGCCCAUUAGUAGCAUUAUGUGAAAUUAUCUUAAAAAGCAGAAACCAAUUAAUCCAUUUGUAAAUCCACCCUCCUCCCCGCUUUUUUUUUUUUUUUAAAGUUACAAGGAAAUGGAGUAUGGUAGUUCAGGAGGAAGAAUUGUGAUUAUCAGCAACAACAAAAAGUCAUCAGUAAACUCAUGAGGGAUUUAAAGCUGACUUAAGCUGGUCACCUCAGCUUUGGACUGGUUCUCUGAGGCCAGAAGUAUUGUUUAUUGAAUCUGGUCUGGUGCAGCCUUGUCCAGAUUAUCAUGCUCUCUCUCUUACCCAAGGCUCCUUCUUGAGAAGGGGUGACUCUCUUGUCCUCCAAAUGGAGGCAGUACACCAGGGUAGAUAGGCCUUGGUGCCCUCUUCUAGAUCACUCUUCAAGACUGAACCUACUCUGGGUCCAUAUGAUUGAUGAACCCUGCAUCACUCCUGAGAAAGGAGCUGGCCCAGGGAGAAGGGCCGAUCUAGGGAACGCCUGGGAAACAGGAUAUUCCUGACUUGUGGCUGUUUUGAUGUUGCUUGUUUCAGAAACAGAAUUAGGUAAGCAGAACUCCUAGAUGUGACAGACACAACAAAAUGCACCCAUACCCCCACCUCCAACCUGUUGAAAAUGAAUGCCAUUUUGUAGCUGUAUGAUUUUUGUUUUGACCUUUGAAGUAGAGCUUGUUUUGUUCUUAAUAUAAGAAUAUUCAGGGGGCUGGCUGGUUAGCCCAGUUGGUUACAGCACAGCCUUAUAACAGCAAGGUCACGGGUUCAGAUCCCCGUAUCUGCCAGCUGCCAAAAAAAGAAAAAAAAGAAAACCGUCAAUCCUAUUUUCCUAUUUGAAUCCUGGCUUAGGGAAAAUAUUUUCUUGACUUUGAGUGGGUAAGUGGUUGAUGAUAGAAACGAGAAACAGCAAGAUAGUAUGUUCAGUUAGGUAGCUUAAGAAAGUGUCGUCUGGAAGAAUUGAAAAAAAAACGUGUCAUCUGUUGGUAGGUAAUUUGUUGCUAACCAAAUACUGUUUUCUGUGGCUUCACUUGUAAUCCAUUCUGUGCUUACCUGCUAGUGCUGGAGAAUUCUGAGGCAAGGGUAACCAUGUCCUUAAAACAUGUUUCUAAUUGGAAUGCCAGGGUGUAGCAGAAAUACCUCUAGAAAAGGAGUCUUUGUUCUCUUGGUGUCUCAGUAACCCUCUGCUGUGUUUGACUUUCACAGCUUGAUUUUAUGCCAGCAAUCUAGGUUCUCUUUAGGCUAAAAUCUUUGAAAAUUGUGACAGAGCUCAUUGCCAUCUACAAAGAAGACUGAGGCUGAGUGUUAAGCCAUCCUUUUGAGAGGUGGCUGUUGGUUAGGGCGGAAAGCCUAUGACCUUGGUGUAUCUUGGCAGCAGCUAGAUCAGGCCCUCAGCAAAGCAAAUGAAAUAUACAGGAAAUGAAAAUAUGGUGCCUCCCUGUGGUGUGGAGCUGGAGCAGAGAUUAUAUUAACUAGUGUUCUUAAUGUAGUCCCUGUACCUCUGGAGAAUCCAUAAACCUCCUGAAAUUAUUUCUAAAAGCUCUGUGAGCAUAUGUGUUUUUGUUUUUGUUUUUUUCCUGGGAAGAGGGCCCAUGAUGGAGAGAGAAGAGGGGUCAGUAAUCCACUCAGAAUUAAGAAGUACUAUUCUAGUCCAGCCAUUCAGUUGACAGGAUGAAGAAACCAGUGCCCAGGGUCACACAGCCAAGAUCCAAGCCAGGGCCUUGGAUUCCCCUGGCCUAGUAACUUUCUGCUGUUCUGGCCCACACCAUCCCGCUGUGCUUACCUCUGAUGAAUAGCACAUUUGAAUCAUAUGCUGGAGGUAAACAUAGUUUCCUUGAUAUAAUUUUAGGAUAAAUGAGUUAAGUGGCAACUAUUCAUUCAAUUAAGUAGUAAGUAUUUAUUGUUUGCUUGUUAAGUUCAUUAUGAAAGAGUAGCACCUGCUCAUUAAAGAAGAGGUGGAAAAAUGAAAGUUGGAAAUGACAGCAAAAUCCCCCUAAUCUCAACCUCUAACACAGCACUGUUAGUGUUUGUGUGUUUCCUUCUGGUCUGUCUUUCUGUGGUUGGGGUGAGGGUGUGGGUUUAACUUUGGUUGUACUCAUUCUCUGUAUUGUUUCAUAUUAUGCAUUUUUUCAUUUACGGUCUUGUAAGUAUUUUUCCAUGUUAUAAAAGUGGUGUAUUUAUUUACACUCCUUGCCUGUCCAAAAUGUCUUUCAGGCAAAGUAUUGGCCUUUAUUUAAGUCUAGUUCUUAGGGAAUCCCAGAGAAUACUCUGUAACUGGAGGCACAAAAGGUGUGUCUGUGUGUUUCAGUCCCCAGUUUAAGGCUUGGUGUCACGGAGGAGGUGUUCUAGUGUUACGUUAAUGGUCUUAGAGUUAAAAAAAAAUAUGUGAUAAGGGAGGCUUCCGGUCUUUUUUUUUUUCCUUUCAUGCUCCUGCAGUCUUGGAAGCACCGAAGCUGUGAGUGCCUUCUUUGCGCUUGGAUGUCUUCAUUUCCUUUUCUGGAAAGAAUGGUUUCUUUCUUCGACUAUCUAAUGAGGGAACAUUGAAAACAUUUUAAAGGGACAUCUAAAAAUUGUUUUGGUUAUGCAUAUGUUUUAUAAUUGUGUGGUGUAUGAUAGCAUAUACCUCUGCUAUAGGACAGAAAGGAACUUUUCUUGUUAAAUAGGUUAUUGACCCACGUGUCAUAAUGUUGAGUGAUACUCUCCUUAAGUGUCUAGAGGUCAACUUCAUGUUGGUGGAUUGGUGUGAAAUUAAAUCUUUGUGGUAUUCUUAAAUUCUAUUCUGAUCCCUGGAAUUGGCUUCUGAUCUCUUGAUAAGUAAAAUGGGAACAGAAUUUUCUUAGGCGAACUGAAGCUGCUUUUGUUCUUUGCAAUCUGCUUUGAUUCCAUCAGUUUGGUUCCUUCACUCCACAUCCUUGCCCCACUGUUCCCACACCAGGGCUUUGCUGCCAGCCCUCCUACAGUGUUGGCAGCUCUGUGGUGGAGUCUCAGCUGAUCUUGGGGGUUCAAGUUGAUUUCUUUAGUAUGUGUUUUUAGAAACAUGAAACCUCUCUUCUUUUGAUGGCAGUCAAAGCUUACCAUGUGAGCACACCAGCUUUUGGUCUGACCAGGAGUAUUAAAACCGCAGGUGUGGAAAAGAUGCAAAAGCCUGUGGAAAUUUGGGGGCCUUUUAAAGAAGGGAGUUAAUGAAUUCUUGACUAGCUGUGGGAGCCCCUCCAUCUUGCUUAAACCACAGUAUUGCCCUCUGUAGCCACACGGGGGCACUGUGGACCCUUUUAUCAAGUGGCUUAACUUCACUGUGGAAAUGGAUAAAAUUGUGUCCAUGGUAUUUUCUUGAAACGUCCAGUGCUAUCCAGAUAAGUAUUUUUAUGUAAAGAAAUACAUUUUCACAUAAAUAAAAUUGGAAAAAUAAAAGUAGAAAGAAGAAAAAAAUA